GCAUGUUUGAGCAACUCUGUCACUCUGCCUUUUGUCGGUGGCCGAAGAUGCUUUGGUGUUCUUCUGCCUUUCGGCCGUUCUUUCUGCUUUCUCCUUACGUACUGGGCUUUUGAAGUCCUCAGUGAUUCGCUCCACUUCCUUUCACAACAUGAACUUCUACGACCUUGCAUUUACCCUGCUAGUAUCACUAUGUGGACUUCUCACUUGGAGACAAUACCAUGUUGGGGGGGAGCCAGAGGUGAAGGCUUUGACGCAGCCCUCCCCUACUCCCAAUGCUAAGGCAGAAGCCGGCCAAUUUACACGAUUAUUUCUCACUGUCUAUUGCCUAGUGAUGGGAUCGGACUGGCUUCAGGGCCCAUACGUAUACAGUCUAUAUAAAGAUCAAUUCGGGCUCAAAGAAACAAUUGUGGCUGCGCUUUUUACAACCGGAUUCCUCUCAGGAGGCAUAUCAGGAUAUUUCGUGGGCCAAUUCGCAGAUCGAUAUGGCCGCAAGACAGCAUGUCUGGUAUUCUGUGUCACAUAUUCGAUUGCGUGUUUCUCGACCCUUGUUCCGAAGUUACCGAUCCUCAUCCUGGGCAGGGUAUUCGGCGGUUUGAGUACAAGCUUGAUGUACAGUGCCUUCGAGAGCUGGAUGGUCACGGAAUACCACAAGAGGCAGGUGGAGAAAGCAGGAACGAGCCUGAGCAGUAUGUUUGGAAUUAUGACUACUUUGAAUAGCAUUGUGGCUAUCCUCGCAGGAGUUUUCAGCGAGUGGCUCGUUCAAGUGACGAGUACGAAGCGAGCUCCUUUCAUGGCUAGUGCCGGCCUCCUGAUGAUUGCGUUUUGGAUAAUUUUAGCAUGUUGGACCGAGAACUACGGUGACAGUCACCAGUCUGUGGAGACUGCUGCCUCAACCAUCCCUGCUAAGUCCGUUCUGAAGACCGUCCUGACCGACCGCCGCAUUCUCACUCUCGGUCUUGCCUCUUGCUUUUUUGAAGGUUCGAUGUACCUGUUUGUCUUCUUCUGGACACCCGCUCUGAAGGCUGCCGCAGCCGCUCAAUCAAAUGGCUCCGCAGAACUGCCUUUAGGCAUGAUAUUUGCUACAUUCAUGGCAUCCGUCAUGCUUGGGUCCCUCCUCUUCAACACCCUGAUCUCCUCUCAGCGCCUCCUCACUCCUUCUCGGCUUCUCACAAUCAUAUUCGCCACUGCCUCCAGCUCAUUGCUCAUUCCCAUUGUCACUAAAUCCGAGGCCUUGACCUUUUGGAGCUUCUGUGUGUUUGAAAUGUGUGUAGGUAUGUACUGGCCUAGCGUUGGGUAUUUGAAAGGACGAAUCGUGGAGGAUGGGAUCAGGGCCAGAGUUUAUGGCAUGUUGCGCAUACCAUUGAACCUUUUCGUGGUUGUGUCACUUGGAUUAGUGAAGGAAGGAGAGGGAUAUAGGAAUGCGGUUUUCAUGGUUUGCAGUGGGCUUUUGGUCGUUACCAGUGGGGUCUUUCACCACGUUGUAAGUGAUUGAAGAAAUUAAAAGUAUUUAUUUCCCAAGUUAUAUACAUACAGGAGUGCCAGAGGACUGUAUUUACAAAGGAGGAAUAAAUGACCAUCGAAAUGCAAGGCAUCCACACCGUGAUAUCAACUUUGUCAAAGCUCUGAGUCCAGAAUUCACUACCUGCUUCGAGGACAUUCUUAAUGUACUACUGUACCAAAACAUUUGUGACAUUGAAGCAAUGCGCAACGCUGCGC